AUGGACGAAGGCGUCUCGAGGCAUGUGGACACUAGUGUCAGAGAAAGGCGUGCGAAACUCAGGCCCAUACCUGACCAACCAUUCUGCACGCUUCUCGAACUCCUACCUCAACAACCCACCGUUAUUGAAGAGCUCAUCUCCAUCAGCGGCAGUCUGCAUACUUCUCGGAUUCCCACUUCGACACCUCGCCUUCUGCACACUUCUCGAAUUUCCACCUCAAUUCUUAUAACACCAUCUCUCAGUGUUAUUGAUGAGCUCAUCUCCAUCAGUGACCAUUUGUAUCAUUUACAAACGUUAGAAGGAUCCAUCGCCACGAUGCAUGGUCCCGACCCUGAGGAGGUCAAGCGAACUCUUUUUGCCAAUCUCGGAAGAAGCAGGCAAGAUGAACUACCAUUCAGCAAUGUGGCGAAGCGACCCCAGAAACUCUGGAACGAACCAUAUCCCGCAAGCUCGAAAAGAGAGCAUUGA